ACGAGGAAAAUUAGAUUUUCCAUGACAUAAGCCCUUUAACUGAGUAAAGAGAUGGUGGCUCUCCUCUGUUAGUAGGAGCCAGCAGGACUGAAACCCGCCAUCAUGCCCGUCUGCUUACCGUGACAUUAAUCCACCAGCGCAAACCAGAGACAAGCCCAGGCCCAAACCAGGACACAAAGCUCGCUUCAGGCGGUUGGUAUGCUUUUAAAGUGGUGUAGGGAUGCCCAAGGAGAAGUAUGAGCCGCCGGAUGCCAGGCGGAUGCACACUAUUAUGUCUAGUGAAGACGCAGCAAGUGGGAAGAAGUCUUACUGGGCUGAGCUUGAAAUAAGUGGCAAAGUGCGGAGUCUAAGCUCAGCCCUGUGGUCACUCACUCACCUCACCGCUUUGCACCUCAGUGACAACUCGCUGUCACGUAUCCCACCUGACAUUGCCAAGCUACGCAACCUUGUGUACCUGGACCUGUCAUCCAAUAAGAUCAGGAGCCUGCCAGCAGAGCUUGGCAACAUGGUGUCUCUCAGGGAACUGCUCUUAAAUAACAACCAGUUGCGGGUUCUGCCUUUCGAAUUGGGGAAACUGUUUCAGUUGCAAACACUGGGGUUAAAAGGAAAUCCACUUGCACAAGAUCUCAUGAGUCUGUACCAGGAACCAGAUGGCACCCGCCGACUGUUGAACUACCUUUUGGACAAUCUUGCCGGUGCUAUUAAACGCAUCCCAACAGAGCAACCACCUCCCAGGUCAUGGAUUGUGCUGCAGGAGCCUGACAGAACCAGGUCUGCAGCUCUGUUCUCAGUAAUGUGCUACAACGUGCUGUGUGAUAAGUACGCCACACGCCAGCUCUAUGGCUACUGCCCGCCCUGGGCCCUUAACUGGGAGUACAGGAAGAAGGCCAUUAUGCAGGAGAUCCUAAGCUGCAAUGCUGACAUAAUCAGCCUACAGGAAGUGGAGACGGAGCAGUAUUAUAACUACUUUCUGGUGGAGCUGAAAGGGCAGGGAUACGAUGGAUUCUUCAGCCCAAAGUCCCGGGCUAGAACUAUGUCUGAAUCAGACAGGAAACACGUGGAUGGAUGUGCAGUAUUCUACAGGACCGAAAAGUUUAGCAUGGUGCAGAAACACACAGUGGAGUUUAACCAGCUGGCCAUGGCCAACUCUGAGGGCUCGGAGGCCAUGCUGAAUCGUGUUAUGACCAAGGACAACAUCGGAGUGGCAGUGUUGCUGGAGCUGCGCAGGGAAAUGAUGGAGAUGACGUCGGGCAAGUCUCUUCAUGGCAUGGAGAAACAGCUGCUACUUGUCGCCAAUGCCCACAUGCAUUGGGACCCAGAAUACUCUGAUGUGAAACUGGUGCAGACUAUGAUGUUCCUGUCGGAGGUUAAGAAUAUCGUGGACAAAGCCUCGCGCAGCCUCAAGCUUUCCUCAGUGUCUGGAGAAACCAAUGCCAUUCCUCUGGUGCUUUGUGCUGAUCUUAACUCCUUGCCUGACUCAGGUGUGGUGGAAUUCCUGAGCACAGGUGGAGUGGACUGCACGCACAAAGACUUCAAAGAGCUGCGCUACAGUGACAGUUUGACCAACUUCAACUGCAACGGCAAAAAUGGCUCAUCUAACAGCAGGAUCACGCAUGGCUUCAAGCUAAAGAGUGCCUACGAGAACGGGCUCAUGCCUUACACCAACUACACCUUUGACUUCAAGGGUAUCAUCGAUUACAUCUUCUACUCUGAGCCACAGCUUAAUGUGUUGGGGGUCCUGGGGCCCCUGGACCCUGACUGGCUUCUGGAGAACAAUAUCACUGGCUGUCCGCACCCCCACGUCCCUUCCGAUCACUUCUCCUUGUUUGCACAAUUUGAGCUGGUCCUGCCUCACCUCCCUCCAAUCAACGGAGUGCACCUGCCUGGACGCAGGUAGUCAAACCCUUGCCACCGGGGGCACUGCAGAGUCCCACCUCUUCUCAUUUGUCUGGAAACUUACUGAAAACGAUAGAACCUCUAAACUACACUCUUCUUUUUGGUUAUUUUCUUUCAUUCUGUGCAUUUUUGAAUGGUUUUAUCUGUUGUGCAUUUUCUUCUGCUUUCUUCAUUUCUGAUGGAGCCAAAUUUGCUCGCAGGCACUUGGAGGCUGUGUUUCGUCUUUCUUGAGCUUGGUUUGGUAGUUGCAUACUGCAUGGAUUUCUGUUGACUCACUCUUUCGCUUAGUACUCUUUGUCCUGAAGAUGUAAGUAGUUUGUAGGGCUGUGGUCUCAUAAGACACUGGCUUGUAUGUAUGGUCAGCUUUCACAAGUCAGCUUCGUGAUACGGUAAAACACAUGGCCACACGCUCAAAGGCAGUUUGGGCUGACGGAAGUGGAGGUUGUAAUGCCGUAGGUAGUUAAAUAUUAAUAAUCUAAAGCCAGCAAUGAUUCACGAGUCCUCCACCAAGUGCAUUAAACCUCUGUUUUCCUUUUUUAAGCCCUGAAUGGAUUCAAAGACUCGGAUCAAAUACGUGUAUGAAGUAUUUGACAAGCAAUAGCCUACCAACAACACCUGGAUUUUGCUUUUUGUAUAUGUAUAUAUGUAUGAGCACAUUUUUAUUUAAACAUUCAUGUUGACCCCUCUUUUAGCACACCACAGCUUGCAUAUUUGCUUAAGUAUGCCAAUCUUGAAGUACUCCAGCCCUGGUAGCUUGGGGGGGGGGGGG